AUGAUUCCUUUUAUAAUUAAAUAUUUUCAGACAUCUAAGAUUUCAACUGUGUCAUAAAACAAAUGGAGAAAUUAAAUAAUUUAAUAACCCAAACGCAGAGAUCUUAUGUACAGAAAUAAAAACCAGAAGCGUCGUGAAAAUCUGCUUCUAGUUUUCAAAAAGGGUAAAAGAAAGACAAUUUGGUUAUCUGUAUUAAAUCUUAUUGAAAUCAGAUGAAAAGGAUUCUAACCUAUAAGCAAGAUUUCUAUUUUAAAUCUCUCAGUGUAUGUAUUUGUCUACAGAAAAAUGAAAGUCUGAACUUUGUGCCACCUAUCCAAUUUUUAAACAUAAGUAAAUUUUUUUUUAGUGUAUUGCAGUGAUGUAUAUUUGGGUUUUGUAGAAAUUUGGGAAGCAUAUGUUAAAAUAGACUUGACUUAUUUUUCCUGUCUUGAAGUCUGGAAAAAUAUCUAAAUUUAGCUGUAAUGCUAGGAAAAGGAUUUAAUAUUAAGAAAUAAUGAAAUUUCAUCAUUCUCUGCUUAAUGAAUCUAUAAAUUUAUAUCUAGAGUGAUUUACAUAAAAGUAAUUUGAAAAGUAUCCAGGAAAUUAUUUAUUCUAAUUAAAGAUGGAGAAAAAACGUAAAAGAAGUGUAGUAAUUCCUGAAAAAAUAAUGCUUGUGAUUGAACACGGAAGUUCUGAUGAGUUUGAUAAUUUAUUUCAAGAAUUUGCUGGUUGUAAUAUAGUUUCUGAUGAUUUUUAUAUUAAACUAUUACACACUUCUGCCCUAUUUGGUCGCUGUGAUUUGAUUCAAUUUAUUCUUAGUAGAAUAAAUUACUUCAAAAAGAAAAUUGGUGUUAAUGAUGUUGAUUUAGAUGGCUGGACAUCUUUACACUAUGCAGCAAAAGGAGGUCAGUUAGAAGCAGUAAAAUAUUUAAUUGAAAAUGAUGCCAAUAUCAAUGCUAUAAGUUUUGCAAAUGGAGCAAAAUAUUAUCAUAUUGCAGCCAGUUAUGGUCACAAAAAAAUUCUGGACUAUUUUUUAGAUGGAGGUGGUAACAUAGCCGAAACUGAUAGUGUUGGGUCGUCGUUAUUGCAUUAUGCAGCUAAAGGGGGUAAUCUAGAGGUAGCAGAAUUUCUUAUUCACAAUGGUGUUGAUAUUAAUGUUAAUGACUUUGAAGGUAAAAAACCUCUUCAUGUUGCAGCUAGUUAUGGUCACAGCACAAUCGCUAAUUUUUUUAUUAAUAAAGGUGUGGAUGUAGAUGAUAUUGAUAAAAACGGUUGGACACCAUUGCAUUAUGCAGCAAAUGAAGGAAAGUUAAAUGUAGUUGAAUGCCUUUUAAAGAAUAAAGCCAACGUUAAUGCUGAAACAAAAGAUGGAAGUAAAGCAAUUCAUUUUUCUUCUAGAGAAGGCCAUCGAAAGUUAGUAGAAUUCCUUCUUUGUAAUAAAGUCAGUGUUAAAGAUUGCAACAGUAAGAAUGGCUGGACUGUUUUACACUAUGCUACACUAAAAGAUAAUUUUGAUGUUAUUAAUGAUUUGAUUUCCAAAGGAGUGAAUAUUCAUGAAAAAUCAAUCAAUGGAAUGUCAUCUUUGCAUGUUGCAGCACAAUAUGGAAGUACUAAUGCUGCAGAAGUAUUGCUUAAACACGGAGCAGAAGUUAACGAGAAAGAUGAACGAAACUGGAUUCCAUUACAUUAUGCUGCACAUGAAGGUCAUCUAAAAAUGAUUGAGCUUCUAUUUGAUGAAAAUUCUAACAUAACUAAUCAAUGUUUACAGGGUCUGAAGCCAAUUCAUGUUGCAACACAGAAUAAUAAAAAGGAAGUGAUUGAAUUUUUUAUCAAUAAAGGAGCUAAUAUAAACGAGGUAAAUAGUAAAACUGGUUUGACAUCAUUGCACUAUGCUGCAGAAAAAAACCUUAUCAACAUUAUUCAAUUUCUCAUGGAUAGAAAUGCCAAUAUGUUUGCUCAGUCAAAUGAUGGACUGAUGCCUAUUCAUGUUGCUGCUCUGAAUGGUCACAAAUGUUCUGUAGAGGUGUUCAUUCAACAGGGACCAUACAUUAAUCUACAGACUGAUCAAGGCUGGACCCCUUUGCACUUUGCUGCUUUGAAGGGUCAUUUAGACUUGGUUCAGUUUCUUGUCAAUAAAACUACCUGUCUUAAUAGUAAAAUAAAAGAUGGCUCAAAAGCUAUCCAUGUAGCUGCUGUGAAUGGUCACAAAAGUAUUGUGGACUAUUUUCUUCAUAAAGGUAUGAAUAUUAAUGAUUGCAAUUUUAAAGGUUGGACACCUUUGCAUGCGUGUAUACCAAAAAAUCAGUUAGAAAUGGUUGAAUUUUUAGUUCAAAAUAAUGCAAAUUUGUAUGCAAAGAAUGCAGAAGGUCUUUCUCCUCUUCUCUUAGCUGCUAAGUUUGGUCAAAUGGAUAUUGUGAAAUUUUUACUUAGCAAGGGCUCUGACGUAAAUGAGUGCUGUAAAAAAGGUUGGACGCCUUUAAGUUAUGCUGCAUUCAGUGGUUCAGUCAAAAUUAUUAAUCUUCUAAUAGAAAGUGGUGCUGAAAGUGAUACAAAAUCUGGCUAUAUAGGUAAUCCUUUACAUAUUGCUGUUUAUGAAGGCCACAUAGAUGCUGUCAAAACUUUUGUCGAAUUUGGAAUAGAUGUGAAUUUAUUUGGCUCUAAUAAUAACACACCGCUGGGCUACGCUGCUGAAAGGGGCCACUUGGAAAUCGUUAAAUAUCUUGUAGAAAAAGGAGCAAAUAAUUUAAAAAAUUCUAAAGGGAAAAAACCGAUUCAUAUUGCAGCUGAAAAAGGUUGCAUGUCUAUUGUUGAGUAUUUUCUUGAUAAUGGUGUUUAUAUUGAUGAUACAGAUGGAGAUGACUGGACACCUUUACAUUAUGCUAUCAGAAGUCUGCAGUUUGAUCUGGUGAAGUACUUAAUAAAUAGGGGAUCGGAUAUUAAAGCCAGGAGUAAAUAUGGAGCUUCAGCUUUAUGCAUAGCUUCUUUGUAUCGUCUACCUAAUAUUGAUUAUCGAUUUUGUGCGUGCAGUCAAAAUUAUUAUGAUAAUCAAGAUGAUUAUUUUAUACUCUGUGAACAGGCUAAGCAUGAUCAUGAAAAAAUGAUUGAUUUUUUGAUUCAAAAAGGUGGAUUAAUCAAUGAUGCUUACUGUGAGGGUUGGUCUCCUUUACAUUUUGCUUUUUAUAAUAUAUUUGGUAGGAAUGUUGACUACAUUAUAAAAAAACUGAUAGAUGCGGGUUCAGAACUGAAUAUGCAAAAUAAAAAUGGAAGGACACCAUUGCACAUUGCUGCUAGAGUUUAUAACAUUAAUGCAGCUAAAAUAUUACUAGAUGCAAAGCCAGACUUAGAUAUGCGCGAUGGAAAUGGUGAUACACCUUUGCAUAUUGCUUGCAAGACUCGAAAGAUAGAAAUCAUGAAACUUCUUUUGGAAGCUGGUGCUAGGUCUGAUAUUAAAGACAAUAGUGGAAGAACAGUUGGUUUCUAUUGUUUGCAUAAUUUCAUGGAUUUCAAAAAUGGUUUUGCAGAAGAAGACAAAAAUCGUCGGUAUGCUAAAAUUUUAGAAAAAAUUACUGUCUUUACUGAUAUUGAUGACAAAGAAAAAAAGUCUGCUGUACAUUUAACAUUGGAGAAUUGUUGUAAUUUCCGGUUUUGUUAUUUUGUUUUGUGUCUUCAAGGCGAUCUGAAUGUGCAAGACAUUAAUGGCAACACACCAUUGAAUUUUAUGACCGAAAGACUAUCAUUGGGACCGUGUUCUUUGAGCAUUGCCACAAUCAAAUUAUUUAUUGACAAUGGUGCAUAUUUCGAAAUUAAAGACUGUCAAAGAAUAGCUGAUUAUCGCCAAGUUCGAGACAUUCUAUUUACUGAUGCAAACUUGUGUGCAAAAUCUAUUUUAAAUAGUUUAAAUUACAAUUAUUUGCCUAUAUUGUAUAAUUCCUCUUUAUCUGCAUAUCUUCCCCCUAUUGAUAGCUGUAAAAUUUAUUUUUCUAACUCAGUGAAAAAAAGUGUUGAAAUGGAGAUAUUAAAUAAAGGCUAUUGUGACGUUUCAAAAAUGAUGUUGCCUUUAAAUUUCUUAUCAAUAAAGUGCCUUGCCAACCAUUAUAAAGAAUUCUGAAUUUCUAGUCUCAAAAUAAUGGUUUCUACCAUUUUAACUACAUUUGCAUUUGUUUCAAAUUUCUUAAGAUUUUCCACACCUAUUGAAAUUUUUAAACUACAAUUAUUUCUGUAUAACAAAUGGUAUGGAAUGGUGUUUCUAAAAGUGCAUAAAAAAGUUAAAUAUUACAUCUAGAAAUAGAUUUCUUGAUUGAUGAUUUGCAUGUUACAGUCUAUCUGCAAUUGAAUUAAAGAGCAGCAUAAUAAUAAUAGGCUGAUAAGCUUUAAUCACAAGGAAAAACAAGAAGCUUAUCUAGAAGUAAUUAUUUUGUCAAACUGUUGACUAUUAAUCCAGAAGUGGAUUUCUCGACUAAAGAUUUGCAGAUUACAAUUUAUCUUUUCAACAGAAACUAUUGAAUUAAAGAAAACAAUUGAAUUAACUAUUUGAACUAAAACAAUUGAAUUUAAGAGAGGGUUAAUAAGCGUAAUGUCUUAAAAAAUUCUCUUUUUUUGAUCAGCUAUAAUGACUAUUAAGGAAUAGAAUUUCAGUUUUUUGUGAAUAAACCUUUAUUUUUGAAAAAUAUGACGUUGAAAAUUUCCUUAAAAAAACACUAACCUAAGGUAAAGUAAAUGAAACCGAGAAAAUCUGUUAAAAGUAAACAAAACAUUUGCUGUGUUAAACAUAAUAUGUUUAUAGUUUGUUUACGUAAAGAAAUACCCUAGCCAUUCGUCUGAAGCAGUGGCGGUGACUAUGGUUACGAGGUUUAACUAUUUCGAGUAGGGGUAUCGGGUCAAUAUUUAAGAUAGGGUUUGGCUCUUGUCAGCGAGAGAAAGGGAAUCUGGUGAGGGAGAAGAUCCCCUCUUUUCUUGUUUCCGUAGCAGCAGAUGACGACCUUAGACUUCGUGGCGAGGGGAGUUAUUUCCAUAGACAAACUGUAGUUUAAAACAAGCCAUGCUUUUGUUGUUUUUUUGUUCUUUUAUAAGCUAUUGCACUGUUAUGAAUUUUAUUAGGUUGGUUAUAAAAUAUCUCCCAACAUGUUUUUACACUAAGUUUUUUAUCUGUUACAGUAAACAUUGUGCUGUGAUAAAUAGGUAAUUUAAAAAAGGACUGUGUCUUUAUUUUUGUAUUGCUUAUAUAAAUCAUAAAUAUUUUUUUUUCUUAGUGUUGUAAUCUUAAUACCUCAAAAAUAACUUUUUUCCUCACCAAAAUUUUAAGAUAAAAAGAAAGCUGUGUGCUGAUCACAAAACAUACCUAAAACAGUUUCAUCUAAAAUUUGGAAAAUGUAGUGAAAAGAGUGCUUGCACUAUUCAAUAUCCAAUUUUAAACUAAGUAAUAAUAAUGUAACCGUACAAAGCAUUUAUGGCAUAAAGUAUAAAAAGGAUGCUUAAGGUUAAAUGAACUGAAAAGAAAAGUGUUUUGCUUAUGAAUUUUUUCAUCCAAAGAAAGAAAAAACUUGAGACAGUAGUAAUUUUCUUUAAAAUAAAUUAUUUAAAAAGAAGGAAAGUGCUAUUUAAAUUAAAGUUUGAAAAAAAUAUGAACUGAUGUUUCUGUCAAAGAAAAAUACUUAAUGUUUGAAAACCUUGUUAACAAGAUGAUUCGAAUUUUGUUUCUAAGUUUUUCAACAAGAUGAUGCUUAAAUUCAAGGUGUUUUCUGUGGAGAAAAAUGAUUUUAUUAUGUAUAAAAAAGAUCUCUAUUUAUAAUUAAAAAAUUUUGUUGAAGUGUGA